AUGAAUUGUGUUAUUGAAGGGAACAGCGUUAAAGUCUUUGGAAAGGCUGUUCAUGCCUUGUCCCGGAUUGGAGACGAGCUGUGGUUGGACCCCAUGGUCAAAGGGCUGGCUCUGAGAUCAGUGAAUCCUACUCUCUCAGCGUAUGGAUGCUUCCUCUUCUCGCCGCUGUUCUUCCAGCAGUACAGCCUGAGAUCUCUGUCAGAGCAGGACGCAGACACAAUCAAAUGUAAAGUCACCAUGAAGUCAGUGUUGCCACUAUUUCGAUGUCUGACCUCCAUUGAGCGCAAAGUGGAACAAUGUCACAUCUCACUCAGCACUCCCUCUGACCGAGUGAUGAUCCAGUUUUUCUGCAGACAUGGCAUAACUAAAACUCACAACAUAAGUUUCCAGGAAAGUGAGGCUCUGGAGGCUGUGUGUGCCACACACUUCUGUCCCAAUGUGCUGAAAGCUCCUGCCAGGCUUCUCUGUGAUAUGGUGAUUCACUUUCCAGUGUUUCAGGAGGAAAUCACUCUGUCCUUGACUCCACUGAAAGUCUGUCUGAGAAACCACCACGAGGGAGGAAAAGGUCACAUGAAGAUGAUGAUCACUGAGAUGUCCUUACAUGCUGAUGAGUUUGACAACGUUCAGAUUGGACAGGAUUCAGACAUAACCUUCUGUCUGAAGGAGCUGAGGGGGAUUCUGUCUUUUGCAGAGUGUCAUGGCCUUCCAUUGUCAGUUCAGUUUGGUGCAGCAGGACAACCCGUGUGCUUCUCUGUGGAAGACGAGGUUGUUGAGGCCACCGUGGUGCUGGCUACUCUGAACGACUCUGAAAGCAGGGCUCCAUCUCAGCCAGAACCAACUACACCCAGGUGUGCAGCUGCUGCAGCUCCAUCUGUGGGGGUGUGUGAGGGACACAGCAACAUCUACCAUGGCAGUGUUCAUGAGCACGUGCUGAUCCCAUCCAGCCAGGGCAGCCCUGUCAUCAGCUGUCCUUUUCAGCUCCUGCCUCGGAUCAGUGACCCGACUGGACUCUGUGAGGCUGCAGAAAGUGGCUGUGCCACCUCAACUCCUGCAUCCACCACGGUCUGCUCUCUCCUGUUUCAAGCCUUGUCCUCGGAGCAGGAGGAUGAUGAUGGUGACUGUGCAGCCAUGCCUGUUCUGGCAUGUUGUAGUGAUGAAGAGGAGGGUUGUGAGGACAACGAUCCAAGGAGAUAA